AUGCACUGUGACGGUGAUCUAUAUAAUGAUAAGCAAUUAUUAUUAUUGAUGUUUACAAUUCAUGUCAUUGUUUUUUUUUUCUAUCUUUCUUUAUUCUCAUCCUCUCCGUUUCCGCAUUGUUUUCUUUAUAUUCAUGUUCCCAAUUCCUCUGCUCAUCACCCACCCAUCUACUUUAUGACGACAUUCAUUCCUCAAUUUCUCGAUCACGCCCUCUCUCUCUCUCUCUCUCUCUCUCUCUCUUUCUCGCGCCCUCUUUCUGCUUUUACGAGCACUCUUUUUCCUUUCAUAUUUCUUUCUCUCUGUGUUUCAAUAUAUCUCUUUUUCUUCAUAUUCCCUUCUCUCUCUCUCCCUCUCUCUCUCUCUCUCUCUCUCUCCUGCAACAGAAAAUUAUAUUUCAAUUUCUUUGUUUCUAUUAACUUUUCAUCGUUUCCCUGUUGUUUCUUUCCGAAAACAUGGGUAGAUCAAUAA